AAGAGUGGUACAGUCCGGUAAAGUCAUAUGAUCCAGGCCGCCUCAGAGACACGGAAGUGUCAGUGUUUUUUUUUUAAAGUUAAGUGCGCAGUUAUAGCUCUACUGCGGGAGUGUUUCAUUCAUUACUGGUCCAUCACUGCCCUUUUUUGUCAAGAUGCCUAUGUUGCGCGGAGGAACCAGCGAGGCCAAACCCGCCACCGCAGAGGUGCAAGCGAUCUGUGACGAGGUGAAGGUCCAGGCGGAAGAAAAGGCUGGAGAGAAGUUCCAGGUCUUCACUGCGAAGGAGUUCAAGUCGCAGGUGGUGGCUGGGACCAAUUACUUCAUUAAGGUGCACGUGGGAGGAGAGGAUUACCUGCACAUCCGUGUUUACGAGACCCUGCCUCAUGCAGGAUCAAAGCUGAGCCUCCACAGUAUUCAGACCUCCAAGGCCCAGCAUGAUGAGAUUGUGUAUUUCUGAUCCUGCAGUGCUGUUGUCCAGAGCCUCACAGUGAAGAAUGCUGUCAUCACUACGCUUCCAGUAUGUUUUGUAAUUAUGCAGUCAUCUCUGUUGCACAUUAAAAUUAAGUUUCAAAGACCUUAAAA